AAGCAUUUAACCGAAAACAGGGAGACUCGCCAUGUUUUGCUUAUCUAACCUUUCUACUAUCAAACCCAUUGUGGCUAAUGCCACUCUUCCCCAGAACAACGAUUCUGAUCAAACCAAACCUUCAAUUCCAGUUCCCGCCACAAAAUCUUUACCUCGCAGAAACAGGCUUCGGAAUGGAGCCCCAAAGCCUUCUGUAAUGCAAAUGGAACGCAUUGUUGGCGCUGGAAGCUUCAGAGACACCGAACCCCCUCCUCUCCGGGAUUCUGACAUGCGGAAGACGGUGAUGGACUUGUUCUUCGGGCAAGCAAUGGAAGGGGAGGUGCAAAAGAAGAUGAGGGAGACAGGAGAGUGGCUCUCCACCAAUGCUGAGCCUAGAAUUACUUCUUCCAGAAAAGGAAUUUUAAUGUUUAUGUUUCAAUGGAUUCUACCAAUUUGGGCUAUAUUACUCCUAGUAGCCUUUGGAGCCAUCAAGUUACCAUUCAACAGCCCUUUUCUUGAUGAUCUGCUCAUGUGAGCAUAGGUCCAUACAUGCAGAUGGUCCAAAAGCCAAAAUUUAACAUGUCCGACUUCAAUGAGUUAGCAUCCCCUCUAGUGAUUGGAAAACACUAGUAGAAAAGAGAAAAAUACAAACAAUUUGUGGGUCCCACCAUGUUGGUGGGUCCCACAUUGUUUGUGUCUCCUACUGGUAUUUUCUAGUAUCAAAGAUGAGUUGUUUUCGGGUUCAAUUACCUGAACACUGUAUAGAUUUUCCCUUUUUGUGAUAACUGUGUAUAGAUGUUUCAUUGCUCUACAAAUGCAAGUAGAUUUCCAUACAAUUAUAUACUUGGUAAUAUCUUGCAGUGUGUUUGGAUGUGGUAUUUAAACAAGGCAAUUCAGUUUUUUUUAGUGAA